AUCAGGAAGCGCGGGCGAGCGGCGCGAGACGCGGCCGCCGCGUUUUCUCUCCCGGACCUGAGCGGCUGACGCGGCUGCAGCGCCAGGAUCUGCAUCUCCAAUGGAUACUGAGGGGUUUGGUGAGCUACUUCAGCAAGCUGAACAGCUUGCCGCUGAGACCGAGGGCAUCUCAGAGCUUCCCCAUGUGGAACGGAACCUACAGGAGAUCCAGCAGGCAGGCGAGCGCCUGCGUUCCCGUACCCUCACACGCACAUCCCAGGAGACAGCAGAUGUCAAGGCGUCAGUUCUCCUCGGGUCUCGGGGACUUGACAUAUCCCACAUCUCCCAGCGAUUGGAGAGUCUGAGUGCAGCCACCACCUUUGAGCCUCUUGAGCCUGUGAAGGACACAGACAUUCAGGGCUUCCUAAAGAAUGAAAAGGACAAUGCCCUGCUGUCUGCCAUCGAAGAGUCCCGGAAGAGGACCUUUGGCAUGGCUGAGGAGUACCAUCGAGAGUCAAUGCUGGUUGAGUGGGAGCAAGUGAAACAGCGGAUUCUCCACACCCUGCUGGCAUCGGGAGAAGAUGCCCUUGACUUUACUCAAGAAAGCGAGCCAAGUUACAUCAGUGAUGCGGGACCCCCUGGUCGAAGCUCUCUGGACAGCAUCGAGAUGGCCUAUGCCCGGCAGAUUUAUAUCUAUAACGAGAAGAUUGUCAACGGACACCUGCAGCCUAACCUUGUGGACCUCUGUGCUUCCGUCACAGAGCUGGAUGAUAAGAACAUCUCUGACAUGUGGACCAUGGUAAAACAAAUGACAGACGUGUUGUUGACACCGGCGACUGAUGCCCUGAAGAGCCGCAACAGCGUGGAAGUGCGCAUGGAGUUCGUCAGGCAGGCAUUGGGAUACCUCGAGCAGAGUUAUAAGAAUUACACCCUUGUGACUGUCUUUGGCAACUUGCAUCAGGCCCAGCUGGGCGGGGUGCCUGGGACUUACCAGUUGGUUCGAAGUUUCCUGAACAUUAAACUUCCGGCUCCCUUGCCUGGACUUCAGGAUGGAGAGGUGGAAGGCCAUCCUGUGUGGGCGUUAAUUUAUUACUGCCUGCGCUGUGGAGACCUGCUUGCCGCUUCACAGGUGGUCAACCGAGCCCAGCACCAGCUGGGAGAGUUUAAAACUUGGUUCCAGGAGUACAUGAACAGCAAGGACAGAAGAUUGUCCCCAGCUACGGAGAACAAGCUCCGACUGCAUUACCGCAGGGCCCUCAGGAACAACACGGACCCCUACAAACGGGCUGUGUACUGUAUCAUUGGCAGAUGUGACGUCACCGACAACCAGAGCGAGGUGGCCGACAAAACUGAGGACUACCUGUGGCUGAAGUUGAACCAGGUGUGUUUCGAUGACGACGGCACCAGCUCCCCACAAGACAGGCUUACUCUCUCUCAGUUCCAGAAACAGUUGUUGGAAGACUACGGCGAGUCCCACUUCACGGUGAACCAUCAGCCCUUCCUCUACUUCCAAGUGCUGUUCCUGACCGCGCAGUUCGAAGCUGCCAUUGCCUUUCUCUUCCGCGUGGAGCGGCUGCGCUGCCAUGCUGUCCACGUGGCGCUGGUGCUCUUUGAGCUAAAGCUGCUUUUAAAAUCCUCGGGACAGAGCGCUCAGCUCCUCAGCCAUGAGCCUGGCGACCCUCCCUGCAUGCGGAGGCUGAACUUCGUGCGGCUACUCAUUCUCUACACCCGGAAGUUUGAAUCCACGGACCCGAGAGAGGCCCUCCAGUACUUCUACUUCCUCAGAGACGAGAAAGACAGUCAAGGAGAAAACAUGUUUCUGCGUUGUGUGAGCGAGCUGGUGAUAGAAAGUCGAGAGUUCGAUAUGAUUCUUGGGAAACUAGAGAACGAUGGAAGUAGAAAGCCUGGAGUCAUAGAUAAGUUUACUAGUGACACAAAGCCUAUUAUCAACAAAGUUGCUUCCGUGGCAGAAAAUAAAGGACUGUUUGAAGAAGCAGCAAAGCUUUAUGACCUUGCCAAGAACGCUGACAAGGUGCUGGAGCUGAUGAACAAACUGCUGAGCCCCGUCGUCCCCCAGAUCAGCGCCCCGCAGUCCAACAAGGAGAGGCUGAAGAACAUGGCGCUCUCCGUCGCGGAGCGGUAUAGGGCUCAGGGAAUCAGUGCAAAUAAAUUUGUGGACUCCACGUUCUAUCUUCUGUUGGACUUGAUCACCUUUUUUGAUGAAUAUCACAGUGGGCAUAUUGACAGAGCCUUUGAUAUAAUUGAUCGCUUGAAGCUGGUGCCCCUGAAUCAGGAAAGUGUGGAAGAGAGAGUGGCUGCCUUCAGAAAUUUCAGUGAUGAGGUCAGGCACAACCUCUCAGAAGUGCUUCUCGCCACCAUGAACAUCUUGUUCACACAGUUUAAGAGGCUCAAGGGGACAAGUCCAUCGUCGGCAUCCAGGCCCCAGCGAGUCAUCGAGGACCGUGAUUCUGUAAGAUCCCAGCCAGAUGGUUGGCCAGAACCAUCGCUGAGAACCACCUUUCUGGUUUGCUGUCCAUUGCACCUCAUGAGACCACUGCUCAUGACCCUAAAUUGCUCGUUUCUUUACUACCUGGCAGCUGGGUAAAGUUUGUGUCGGGGGCUCCCAGAAGAAGUCGAACAUUAAUGGGGUUGCUACUCUUCUCAAGCUAAAAAACAAAGAUGUGCCAAGUCAGUGAAUAUCACCUUUAAAAAAAUCAAAAUGCUAAUUUAUACUGAUUCCACAAGAAUUCCUGCCCAUUUUUAAAUAGAAGGUCAUUUUAUGAGUCUCAGUUCAGUACUUUCAUGAAAACCAUACUUACUUUUGGUCAACAAUUUGGUGCAAACCCUUGUUUCUACUGUCAUCUCACAGUGACUCCAGAGAGGUACCUAGGACAGUCGUUAUCCCCACUUUACAGUUGAGGGAUCCGAGGCCUAGGUCAGGAGGCGUCUUGCUUUUGUGGGCCCCUCAGGUGGUAGGUGAAGGAGCCACGUCUGGAAGCCGGGUCUGUCUGACACCAGGGCCAGUGCCCUUUCCACUGCCUGUGGGGCCUCCGGCAUUGCUUGGGUCACGUAGAGUCCAGGUAGAUAGAACCCUGGGAUUCCAACAGCAUAUGGUGUACGGUUGAUUUGACAAAAGGGGAAAGAAAGGUGUUUGACCCAAUUAAACCAUUAAAACAGGCAGUGUUUUAGAAUUACCUUUCCCUUAACAUUUCCACUUAAUGUUUGGUGAGUCUCUCAGUAUGGUGUACAACAGCCAUACCUGAUUUUGGCAAUGAAGAAACUAGAGCCGUGAAAAUCUAUCUCCCGCCUCCAUGGAUAUCUGAGGGCUCUCUGCGCUGUGACCCCUACAGGCAUUGUCACUGUCAGAACCUCUGCCUCGUGAGUGAUGGUGGGAAUUUUCACCUUUAGCAGCAUACAUAGCAGUGCUCAGAAGUGGUCCUCCGACGUGGUAGGCCCAUCCAUGUGUGCACGAGAGGCAGCUGCAGGUCUGCCAUCUGCCCUUGGACAGGCAAGAGCCUACAUAGGAGAUGUGCCAGCAGUGGGCUCGCUGUGCUGGGGCCUUGGCAGCAGUGCUGUUGUGAAUACAACUACUGAAGUGGUGGGCGUUUCUGAUACUCUCUGUACUGCUUACAAGUCAGAGCAGGGCUUGCUCACAGAGAGCAGAGCUGGUGGCCCGGCAGGUCCAUUUUCCACAUCUGAAGGGAACUGAUUGAAGACCAGCUGGACUCACACGCUGUGUGUUUUAGUCUCUCUUUUUUAGGCACUUAGUUUUUACAUAUGAUGGAUAAAGCCAUUCUCCUGUCUUCCUCUUACCCACUGCUGUCCUUUGUAAUGAAAGGAAGGGAUGGGUGGAGUCGAGGAAAGACUUAUGUGUAAAAGCUGCCUGCCCAAGAAGUGGCCUCAUGGUUUAAGGUGCAGUGCUGCCAGGGAGUGGAUGGGUCCCUUGGCCUGCAUACCCCUAGAGCUUAUGUAAAGUAGCUGCAAGUUAGGCAGGAGAGCCCAUGCACAUUUUUGCACUUUUAAAGAAAAUCUGAUGGAUACUCUCAUCAUAAAGUAAAUUUCUUUUGGUUUGGACAUUAAUUAGGACCUUUACUUGCCAAUUUACUUCACAUAUCAGGUAAAAGGCACUUACCUUUCAGUUUUCUUCUUGAAUGGUCCUUAAGAAGCCUAGUAAGUGACCCUUGAAUUUUUCUUAAAAAUCUCAUUACUGGUCCAAAAGAUGUGUGUAGACCCUCCCUUUCUAUUCCAGAUAUGGUUUCCUUUCCUGCUGGUAUAAGCAUCCAACACACCUCAAUGUGGGGCAACUGAAGCUGUUCUCUUACGUUUCUUUAUUCUUUAUUCAAUAAUUUAUCCGUUGGAAAUUGGAGUGAAGGUUCCUAUUUUUGUUGUUGGAAACACCUGAGUUUAAAUCUUUUUCCUUCCUGGAGCAAUCCAGGCAUCUCAUAAAUAUUGUUGCCUAAGAAAAGAGGGCCAAGCACUUUUGUCAGGAAGGAAGGAAUGUAAGGAGUGAAAGGAAGGAAAGGGGAAGACGCAGGAGAGGAAAGAGCUGGAAUGGGCCUCACUUAGGCACGACUGUUGCCUCUGGUAGUGCAGGUGCUUCAUGAGGGUCCUAGAAAGAAACUCAGGACCCCAUGGUAACAGUUGGACAGAAACCAGCCAGGAGAGAGAGAGAGGCUCGGAGAAGUAGAGCAGGCAGUCUGAAGCACAGGGCCGUGUCAGCAGCUGGUCAGACGUGUCAGGCGAGGCAGCUUGCCCGGCACACCCAUCCAUCUUUUGCUAAGCAGAAGGGCUUUGGAACUGAGGCCCCGGCAACCGAGCUUUGCUAACUCUGCACCAUGCUGGAGGAACAUGAUGGUGGAGGGUGAGACUGUCAUCCACCCACCGGGAAUCUGCCCUGACCCCAAGGGGUAGAA